AUCCAUAUAUAAUAGUUAUUUUAUGUGUUGUUUAUUUUUCUCAAGUGUUUUUAUCCAUAUAUAAUAGUUUUUAAAAAAAAUUCAAAAAUAUUUGUGUGUUAAAUUAAUAGUAUAAAAUAAUAAUAGUAUUUAUAAAAUAAUAUAAUAAUAUAGUAGUUACAAUUAUAAUAUAAUAAUAAUAAUAAUAAUAAAAUAAUGAAUAAAGUAAUGCCAAGAUCUUUUUCACCACGUACUUUUAUGGGUGACCAUGGUAUUAAUAUUUCAGAUUGUAGUAUAAUAAAAGUUGAAAAAAUUGUUGCACCUAAACCUUGGAAACCUUCACAUUCUAGAUCAACUUCAACAAAUUCGAAAUUCGUAGAAGAAAGUUUAUUCGAAGCAGCUGGAAAUGAAAUUCAAACGAUUAUUUUACAUUCACUUAAUACAUACGAUAAUGACUCCUCUUCUCCUUUAGAGCAAUUGGAAUCAGCAGCAAAUAAUUAUAGCACAAACAGUAAUAAUAAUAAUAAUAAUAAUAAUAGCAGCAGUGGAGGCAUAGUAAGACCAAAUUUAGUUAAACCUAAAAUUGUAAAUAAUAGUGUUGUUGGCUCAUCUUCAUUAGUUAACACAACAAAUACAGCAUCAAUAACACCUAUAGUAUCGCCAUCAUUAUCAAACCCUUCAUCGCCAUCAAACUAUAAACAAACCUGUAAUAUAUCAAAUAGCAACAAUAACGAUAAUAAUAUAAAAAUAGCGAGUAAAGUUGACUCCUUAACAUCAAGUUUGCAAGGAGCUCAAUUCGAAAAUAAUAAUAAAACCACUUGUACAUUUAAUAACAUUACCUACUCAUCCACCACAACCUCCGAUGAAGAUAGCUCUUCACUAUAUAUAAAAUCAACAUAUAAUAGCAAAUUGUUUUAUUUUGAAAACUAUGUAAUCGAUUCAACUUUAGUUCAAGAUUCUUUAAAUGUAAAGAAUCCAUUUUUUAAUAGUAGCAAUAGUUCAUCAUCACCAUGUAUGGUUAUUGAACCAUUAACACCUCCAACACGUACACAUAAUCCAAUUACUCUCAAUCAAGCAUUCACAGAGAAUGAUAUUGUUCAUGGCGCCGAGUUAGGAUUACUCUCAAUCUCACCACCACCACAAUCCUAUUGUACAAAGCAUCUUAAAUCAUCACCAUCGUCCAAUUCAACUACCACAGUCCUAUUUUAGUUGGUUAUUGCAGGUCAUACCGUCAUGUCCAUAUUGGUCCAUCAAACCUUUUUCUUUUUUUUUUUUUAUUUAUAUUCAAGAAAAAAAAAAAAAAAAAAAACAUAAAUUUUUUAUUUUUUAAAUAAAUAGAUAUUAUAUUCAUUAAUUUAAAACUUU